AGAAUGGCGACCCGGUCCAGAUUCUUGGAGAGAAUGGCGAGACGAUCGAAAUGCUCGAUCAAGACCGGAGACCGAUUCAACUUCUGGACAAGCAAGGCGAUCCGAUCCGUCUGAUCGACGAUUUCGAAGAUACCAUUCGGCUAGUCUCCAAGGCGGGACAGCCUCCUCGGAUCGAGAAUAAAGAUGGAGCAGCGAUAAAGAUUGGUAUCCAAGAUGGCAAACCAGUGGGUGUCCGACUCGAAGAACAGAAUUCCUGGAGGCGGAUGCCAGAUCUCAAGCCCGAACGAGUUAGGAUACGUGUCGGUGAAGUCGAGAAGGAACAGAGUCGAUAUCAUGGAUUCGGAAACAGAGACUGAAGGCAACAAUGUGGAGCGCCGGGCAAAGGUCGGAUUCAAGGUGGCGGAAGGAGAAGAACCAUCGCCAGAGUCCAAGCGGAGGAGAGCAGCUCAAGCUACUAGUGAGGCGGCCGGUACGACUGCAUCUCGGAAGCGUACAGUGGUCGAGUUGGACGCGGAGGACGAGAAGAGGCGAGGCGAUGAUCCUGCUGCCGAGAAAGAAGAACGUGCGAGAACGCCGAAAGACAAAGCGAAGGAGAAAGCCACCGAGCCUGGGAUAAGGAUCGUCAAGAAGGACGAUAAGGUGGUAGUCGAGGCAUUUGAAUUCGCGGGAGAACCCGAAAUUAUCGACGAGACAACGGGCAAAGCAGGCAAGAAGAAGAAGAGCGUCAGAAAGGUCAAGGUGGCCAAUGGAGAGACGGUGAUGAUUGCAGAUACCGAUGAGGAGGAAGCUGCGAAACCUUACAAAAAGAAAGACAAGUCUAAGAGAGUCAAGGUUGUCAACGGCCAAACAUCGAUGCUUUCUGACGGCGAUGAUGAGCGCGAGGUCAUAGAUGAGCGGACUGGCAAGCCUAUCGGGAAGAAGAAGAAGAGGCUCAAAAAAGUCAAGGUGGUCGGCGGUCAGACAGUCACCACCACCGACACAGACGGUGAGGUGGAAGUAGUCAAUGGUAAGAAGAAGGGUCGGAAAUCCGCCAAGGAAUCAACAUCAGACAGCAAGCUAGAGGACAGGCUUCAGGAACUGGAAGAUGCGCGGGACUCCGACAUGAUCGCAGCUAGAAAAGCUCGAAGAGAGGAGAGGUUGAGACAACGUUUAGACCCAGAGUCGGAUCAGGAUACUACUCCCAUGAAGAGAUCCGCUCGGAAGCGUCGAGACUUGGCGGCUCAGCAGGACUACGAUGAUGACGAUAGUGGUGGCCAGAAUCAGUCAAGCUCCAGGCUCUCGCGAUCGAGGAAUGCUCCCACAAGAGACGAUCCCAAUGCUCCCGAUUACUAUCGUGCACCCCAGCAGCAGGUGCAAGCACAAGCUCCACCGAUUCCAGCGGCAGCGACGCAGUAUCAACCUGUACCGAUGCCGAUGGCAAUGCCAGCAUCAGCGCCAAGUCAACCAGCUUAUAUUCCAUCUGCACCAGCUGCAGCACCCAGCGCACCGGCCGCGGCCGCGGCUCCCGUUCCCGUCAUCGUUCAACAAGGUGGAGGACCGGUUCCGAUGCAGAUGCCAACGCAGAUGUACACCACCCCGAAUAAUGGCUCGGGACAAAAUAUACCAGUUGGUCAACAAGCCGGCCCUUCUCGUCCUCCGGAGGAGCCUACUGUGCCUAUCAGCUCAAUGUCGAACCAGAAGCCAAAAGCCAAAUCAGUCGUAGUGGAAACAGAGUCUGAGGCAGAGGCAGAGGAGAAGUCUGCAUUCAAGGGAAAAGGUCACAAGUUGGGUAAGAAACCAGACGACAAACCACCCGAAGCUCCACCUCUCGAAGUCAAAAGAGAGGCGACUCCGACCGCCCCAGAAGUCGAGAGUCCACCUCUGACGCCGCUAUCCUCUCUGCCGUCAGCCCCUAUUGAUGGCGCGAGACCAGAACAGCUGGAGCUGGAGCCGGUAACUGAUUCCGACGACGACCUAGAGACCAGACUGAGACAGAACGACCCGAAAAAAUACGAACAGUUCAUGGCAGCUGAAGCAGAACGUCGAAGAGAAGUACCGCGAGUGGUGGAGGGCGGACUCAAAGAAGGUCUGUCAGACUCCGUCGGACCAGAUAACACAUUUUCGACGCUUCAAAAUAAGCGGGCGACAAACGAGCAAAUGACGAUGGCCCAGGAGGAAGAUCCUACCGAUUAUCGAACCGGAGGGAACAACAAAGCAUGGGACGAGGAGUAUCGACGUGGAGAAAGCGCACCCACGGGUCGGAUCACCAAUACUCAAUUUGACAAGGGUGAAGGGGUGAUACCGGACGAUACAGCCAUAUCAGAAAGCAGCAGGGACACCGAACGAGCUACGAAGGAUACUCCUCUCACAACAUCACUAGACGCGCCAGAUCUGCGGACUGCAAAGUCCGAUCCUCUUCCAGUACCGAUGGAUCAGGAAUCAAUCGAGUCAUCUCAGCAGCAAUGGAAGGAUAGUCGACCGUUGGGAAAUAUCAAGCCAGAGCAGAACCGGAUCGACAAGAUGGAUCUGACACUCAAGGACAGGCCACAGGAAGCGUGGAGGGAUUCAGGACCACAGAAGAAGGGCAAGGAGAAAGACGACGGCCAAAGAAAUUCGCGUAUCGGGAUCCCGAUUGCAGAGAAGUUAUCUGACGAAGCCUGGCGCGAGGAAAGACCAUCGCCUACGAAGCUAUCAGGAGGCAAGCCGAGCCUAUCAGAUUCGUCGACGGCCGCAUGGGAGGACGAGCAGAGCUCAGGGUCCAGAAUAGACCAAAAGGCAACUGUCGGGUUUAAGUCGGACGCAAUCAACGAUACAGAUCAACGUUCGGACCGAGCUUGGCGCGAGGUCAAGCCUUCUCCAAUAGAGACGUCUCACGAGAUCCCGGAACUGGCCGAAUCACCGGGACGCGAAUGGAGGAAGAAGAGGCCUCUGUCAGCCGAGAGGGACACAUUCACAGGCGUGGAAGGACGGAAAACAGUCAAUCAGGGUGGCAUGAUGCUUGCUUCGUCGAUCGACCGGUCGAAAGUAGAAGCUGGCGAGACGCCAGGCGGAUCGCGAGGAUCGAAAUCGAGCCCACCAGAAGGGAAGAUAAUGGAUCAGCCGGCAUCGGAUCUGGGCGGAUCUCUCGAUUCCAAGCAUCAAAAGGAGAAGCCUUUGCGGACUGAUGAAAACGAAGUAGCAGAGCAGCAGGCCGUGCUGCAGACCGGGUCGCAGAAAGCUGAAGCUUCAGGCAGAACAGCGCCGCCUUCGGCAGUCUCUGCCUCAAAACACGAAGAGGGCCACAUGCCAUCGGAUAUGGCUUGGCUGGAAGAGAGGCCAUCCCCUUUACGACCCUCGCACGAGGCACCAGAGCUGCCCGAAUCCCCUGGACGCGAAUGGCGCAAUGAACGACCUUCUCCAGUCAAGAGCGAGGCUUCGAUGCCCAUAGAGACCGAUCCAGUCGCUUUCGGCCGUCCUGGAAUGAUGCUGCCUUCCGCUGUUGAUAGGUCCAAAAUUGAGGCAUACCAGCCGCCUUUGGAUUCACCUUCCUGGUCGGAAGAGGCUGGACAGCGCCUCGGUGGAAAGGGCAAGGAGAAGAAUCAUGACCCCUUCCCAGAACUAAUGAAUAUCGAGUCAACGGGACGGGAAACAUCCCCAUUAUCAGGAAAGCAGGCAAAGAACGACGACCAGCCCUCUUUCAAUGCUACGCCAUCAGGUGGGUACGCGUAAGGUGUCUCCGAGUUAAGAGCUGAUGCGCGGCUUUCUCAAGCACUCGAUAAGCGACGGCCUUCCGCCCUGACUCUGAGCCGAGACGACGACAGACCGAUCUCCUUAGC